UACAAUUGAUUUCUCAUUGGGGAUUUCAAUUGAAAUUUCCAAUUUUCUUGAAUGUUCAAGAUAAAUGAACAAUUUCAUAAUGUCUUUAUUUCAACUCGAACCCAUGCAAUUAAAAAUUCAAAUGAUUGUCUCACUGAACUUUUAAUAAAUUUCUACAAGUUCAUGUACGUCAAAAUGUUUCGACCUUGUGUGUGUUCUUUCCAGAUCCACUUUUUCCGCAACCGAUUUUCCUGUUCCAUCAUCAUUAUGAUGUUGAACCCGGCGUGCAAUCGCGAUUUUCUGGAAAAAAUAACGACCUACAGAGGGGAUAAGGAAAAUGAUAAGUGAUAAUUUCCUGAAAAAACCUCAAAUCUCUUCAGAUGCAUCAGAUGAAUGAGUGAACGCGAGUGACAGUGAUCAAUAUUUCAAGUGAAUCAUCUGAUCAAUCAUCAAUCAAUAAUAAAUCAAUAGUUCCCAUUUCUAAUAAAAAAAAAUCCUGAUCUCGUUAAAUGGGGAAGUGUAUUAACAGCAUGAGGUCAUCAAAACGCGUCUUUUUUUCAUUUCUGUUAGUGGUAUCAGCUGCUGAAUUGAUUAAAUCCGAAAACUUGACAGCCGUUUCUAAUAAAGGACACGCCAUCACCCAUGUGAAAGCAGAACGCAUCGGAUACGAUUGGACAGUAAAAAAUUUCAGUCUUCUCCCACAAGACAUCGGAGAAUACCUCGAAUCACCGGUUUUUCGUAAUGAGAAUAAUAAGGUGGGGUGGACACUGCGAUUCUACCCACGAGGUGACAUGGGUUAUAAUUACGUGAGUCUCUUCCUCAAUCUCAAUUCCCACAGAGGAUUCAAGAUAGAUCUGAAAGUGCACUGGCAAAUAUCGAUUAUUAAAUCGGAUAUCGCCAGGUUCAUGACGACUCACAACUACACGUUUCGGACUUUAACCACAUAUGGCACAUCUUUUUAUAUAAAACGAUCGCAACUCCUCAAUAUUUCCAGACCCGACGACACGUUCACCAUUCGAGUGGAAAUUGACAUGCCCCUGAAAGCUAUCACAGAAUCUUAUAAUGCUACAGAUUCUCUGGAGGAUCAACUGAUUCGAGAUCUGGAGAAAGGCAGAUGGACUGGAUAUUUUGGGAAAUUGUUCGAGGAACCGAAGUUCAGCGAUGUUAUGAUUGUUGCUGCAAAUGAAACAUUUCCAGCACACAAAGCCAUCCUGGCAACUCGCAGUCCUGUAUUCGCUGCUAUUCUCGAAGCUGAUGGCAUCACAGGAAACCAGAGCAAUCGGGUGAAGAUUGAGAAUCUGGAAUCGAUUGUGGUGAAGGCAAUGCUGGAGUUUAUUUAUACAGAUGAAGUUACUGGGCUGGAGACACUUGCGGAUAGAUUGCUGGAAGCAGCUGAGAUGUUUCAGUUAUCAAGAUUGAAGACCAUGUGUGAAUUGGUUCUUUAUAGAGGAGUCAAUGAAAAUAAUGCAGCGAAUUUCCUCAUUCUCGCCGAUCUCCACCGAUCGGAAAGACUGAAAGAACAUAUCAUGGGGUUCAUCGGAAAUCAUCCUGCGGUGAUGAAGUCAGACGGGUACAAGAGAAUUGUGGAAACGUACGCCAAAUUGUUGAUGGAAAUAUCACGGGCACAGGGUCUUAGGGAUUCGGAGAAAUAAUUUGUUCUGUGGAGAAUCUGGAUUUUUCAAAAUGUAUCUUUUUUCUUUCCGUCAAAACUAGCUGUAAAUGGAAUGAUGAGUCGAUUUUUUUAAUGGAGCUUUUCAAUUUCUUUUUUUCUCAGAGACACAUCCCGGUUUCAAUUUAUAAACGCGAGAAGAAAUGGAAGAUUGCAUUUUUGUAAUGAGCUAUGUUUUCAAGAAUUGUGGAAUCACAGCGGAAAAAUUAAUUAAUGUACCUAAAAGUUCAAUACGAUUCACAUUUUAAUAUUACAUUCUUUGAUAUUAUAUCUAGGAUUAAUAGAGGGUUAUAUGAAGACAGAUUCUGUUAAAGUGUCUCAAAAUAUAAUUAGACUCAUGUGUAGUCGUAAGAAUACGUAAGAAUAAAAAUAUGAAUAAAAAAAACUAAGAAAGGGCAUUGGAAACUUUGAGUUUAAUGAACUAGUUCAGAAAAAAAUCGAAUAAGGAUCAACAAAAGGCAUUAGAAUAUUGAGGGAGGUAAGUUUCAAUUUAGACACGUGUUAAAUUCCAUAGUUGUUAUGGCUUGCUGAUCACGCAAUGAAAGUGACGAGAGGACGUGAACAUAAAUAAAUAAGGAUUCACAUGUGCUGAUAACUUGAAACCUAGAAAGUACCAACUUUCUUCAGUUCUUUGUACAUCUGGCGAGCUUUCGCAUCUACUAUUUACCUUAAGAGAACCUUCAGUAAUUGUUAAUUUUCUAUAAUUGAUGACUUCAAGAUUCGAACUGGCUUUAUCAGACUGAUAAUUAGACUCGAUUUUAUUUUCUCCAUAUUUGUCAAUUUAGUUGGAAGGAUUCAUGAUGGUGAAGCGAACAGUCAUGGUUUGGAAAAGGCGCAGGAAUAUUAUUGUACCAUCAUAACAUUUUGGGGAUUAAAUAAUGAUAAAUUG